UCUAGCCGUCAACGCAGUCGUCAAAUUCCUAUAGUGCUUGUACAUAUUUUUGCUUUUCCGCCAAAGUACAGAGUCAUCUAGGUUUGCCAAAAUGGCAGAGAGCCAAGAAGAACCCAAAAAAAUUACGAUUACAGUAAAAACUCCAAAAGAAAAACAACAAGUGGAGAUCGAGGAGGAUGCCGACAUCAAGAAAUUGAAGGAAGUGUUGUCGCCGAAGUUCAGCGCGGAGCCGGAGCAGCUAUGCCUCAUCUUCGCCGGGAAGAUCAUGAACGAUGCCGACACUCUGAAGCAGCACAACAUCAAGGACGGGCUGACAGUCCACCUGGUCAUCAAGACCCCACCGCGACCGGAGCCCGAGGGCGGACCCCGUCGACCGCCAGCCGAUGUAGGGGCCACACCAUUUGGUCUAAACUCUCUGGGAGGUCUAGCUGGACUUGAGAGCUUGGGCCUUGGUCAGAGCACAUUCAUGGAUUUACAGGCGCGAAUGCAGCAAGAGUUGCUGUCAAACCCAGACAUGUUGCGGCAAGUUCUGGACAACCCACUGGUGCAGCAGAUGAUGAAUGACCCGGAGAACAUGCGCACUCUCAUCACGUCCAACCCACAGAUGCAAGACCUCAUGGCUAGGAACCCGGAGAUCAGCCACAUGCUGAACAACCCGGAGCUGCUGCGGCAGACGAUGGAGCUGGCCCGCAACCCCGCCAUGCUGCAGGAGCUCAUGCGCUCGCACGACCGCGCGCUCUCCAACCUCGAGAGCAUACCCGGUGGUUACAACGCGCUGCAGCGCAUGUACAGAGACAUCCAGGAGCCGAUGUUGAAUGUCGCCAGCAGUAUGGCCGGGAACCCCUUCUCAGGACUCGUAGACAAUUCAGACGGAACAAACCCGCAGCAAGGCGCCGAGAACCGGCAGCCGCUGCCGAACCCGUGGCAGCGCGGCGGCGGCGGCGGCGGCGGGCCGGGCGCGGCGGCCGCGGCGCCCGGGCCCGGCCUCAUCAACACGCCCGGCAUGCAGUCGCUGCUGCAGCAGAUGUCCGAGAACCCUCGCCUCGUGCACUCCAUGCUAUCGGCGCCCUACACCAACUCCAUGCUGCAAGCGCUCGCCGCUGACCCCGAUAUGGCCUCGCAGCUUAUCAAUCAGAACCCGAUGUUCGCGAACAACCCGCAGCUGCAAGACCAGAUCCGCACCAUGAUGCCGCAGAUGCUGGCCCAGCUGCAGAACCCCGAGAUGCAACAGAUGAUGACCAACCCACAGGCCCUGAACGCGCUGCUGCAGAUCCAGCAGGGCAUGGAGCAGCUGCGCACGGCGGCGCCGUCGCUGGUCAGCAACCUGGGGCUGGGCGCCGCCGCCGCGCCCGCCGCGCCGCCCGCCGCCGCGCCGCCGCCCGCCAACCCCGCCGCGCGACAGCAGCACAACUCCGAGCUCUUCACGCAGUUUAUGCAACGGAUGGUGGCGGCGAUGGCAAACAACCAAACGAAUACGCAACAGCCCCCCGAGCAGCGCUACUCGCAGCAGCUCGAGCAACUAGCCGCCAUGGGGUUCCUCAACCGAGACGCCAACUUGCAGGCACUGAUCGCGACGUUCGGCGACGUAAACGCGGCGGUGGAGAGGCUACUGGCGCUCGGCCAGCUGUCCAUGAGCUAACACUCUCGCGCCGCACUCGUCCACAUCCUCGGCAUCCGGCUACCCUACACCCUGACUAGAGAACAAUAGAUUAUCUUCAUACCAACGCAGAGCAAGCUCUUGUGCUACGAAAGAAGAAUGUGGCAAAUUAGGAACCACAUUUUUAGCUCCGAUAAUAUUUCUUAAUAAUGUAGUCUUUUUAAUAUCUAAAUGUUGCCAAUAAGGGAAAAUAGCGCCCUCAUUUAACGUCUCCUUUUUUGGCCAUUUGCUUAAUACUCGGGACGACCCACCUACGUCGAAAGGUUUGGUCGUACGCCGCCAUAGCUCUGCGAUUGUAUAAAGACAACCUUAUAUUCUUAUAGUGCCUACACCUUUCUCGCGAUCUCUAGUCUGAUAUUUGUCAAUGUGAAAUUUCUAGCAAGCGCGUUCCAAUGACCUACUCAAACAAGUGAUUGGUGGAAACAAAACGUCACGAGUGUCAAACUAGGAGGGUCGUAUUUCGGAGAUAUUUUAAAAGUAUAGUCUGAUUAUACUUUGUGGCCUAGUCUUUACUUACAAUUUGUACCGAUAAGUUUUAGUUUUAUUUUCCUCUUUUCUAAGCACCUUUGCUUGUUUCCUAUAAUUUUAAUGUUGUUUUUUUAUUAUUUAAGGAUGUUUUUUAAUAUACUCUACAUGAGUUUAACUAGCCUACUUCGUUUUCUUUUGCCUAUACAUAUUAUGUAGGGCUUAUAAGUAUAAUCAGAGUUAUAUUUUUAUAAAAUAAACUUAUUUGUAAAAAGCAAUAAACAAACGAUUGGAGGGCGCUAACAAUUGUUUACACAUUGAAAUCGUUUCCAAUUAUUGACGAAACGAGCGGCUACGUUUGAUGAAGUGCAUGUACUAUGCGGUAUCAGUGUGUAUCAUUAGUGUCAUUCAAUCUCCAACCUGCAAGAAAUUAUAAAAAUGUCGGCAACCUACUCCUUAUGAAGCUUUCAGUUACAUGCAGCAAAUUAUUUUUGUAUGUUAGUAAAUCUGUGGUAGUGGGAAAUUGAGUUUUAUGUCAAUUUAUACAAAAUUUGUGUCGCUAGACUGCAAACUAAAGUAGUUUGAAGAAGUUUAUUGUAUGUAUUAUAAGUCUGUCAAUAGGAGCGCAACGCCACGUGUUACUAAUUGGUGCAAAGUUUAUCGUUUGUGGGUUUUAGUGGAAUUGCCGUCGAUUUAUGUAAACUCUAUGAAGUGAUUUUAUUUAUAAUUUUAAUAAAACCCGCAGGUGUAGGUCAGCCUAAGGUAGCCCCAAAUAAUCGUCGGAUUUGUAUUUACAUCCCUAAAUUCCUGACUGUGACUAACAUUGAAAAACUCUAAUUAUAUAAGUACUAGAUGUUUUCUUAUACAUGAAGCAUUAUAAAUUCAUUCCUUCUUGUUUUAGAUGUUACGCAAAAUUUUUGUUUUUUGUGAAUAAGAAAAUAUACACUGUCAUUUUCAUAAAAGCAAAGAUCGUAAAAGUCAUUUGAUUUGUAGGUAUUCUACUAUUACUGUAUAGAAAUAUAUUUCUAUUGUGGUUUAAUUUAAUUUGUUCACUCUAAUGUUUUUAUCAUCGAUGUGAACUAAUUUUGGUGUUUGCGUAGAGCUACGCAAAUAACUAUAGUUUUAUGUAAAUAGUUUUGCUUUGCAACAAAAAUGUGAAAAAAUAACGCAAUUCAGGCAAUAAAUUGUGUCUACUUUGUACUAGAUGGAUUGAAUCGUCCAUGUAACUUGUAUAGGUUGUUUUGCAGUCUCUACGUAAAUUAUAAAGUUCGUCUCAAAGUUUCAUAAAAACCAUAUUUGCAGCACUAUGCCAUAUAAAAUUUAGAAUAUUGUCGCUAUAUUCCUAUAUAAAGAAAUGUUAAUUAUACUGAGGAAGGUGUGUUCUUUGAACAUAUACCUCGUCAAUCGUUUCAUAUUUAUUUACGUUUAAUACUUAUUUGUUGUUCUACAAUGAAAACACCAAUCGUUAUGGUUUGUGUGUUUAAAAGUACCUUUCUCAGUAAUAUGUUUUUUUGCUAACUUAUGUUGUGGUGGUAAAACUAUUUGAACAUAGCUUUCGUUUGUAGCCCCUAUGUAGUGGUUUUAUAGUGAAUUCAUUAUUAAAUUUAAGUAUGAAAGGGUACCGUUUUGCUCAGUUUUGUAGGGGGGUGUAUUGAUUGAAUUGCCCACAAUUAUAUUUAAAAAGUAAUAAUUUAUGAAACAUUGAAAAAUACACUAUUGUAUAGAAAUGUAUUGCACUUACCACGGGUGCACAUAAUAGCCAAUCGAUUUAAUGAAGCUUCGUUUAGUUUGUUUGGAAAAAUAUCAUCAUAGCCAAAUAUGUGGUAGAGGUGACUAGAUUUAAUUAGUUUUGGUGCAAGUAAUUCAUCGGGAUUAAUUUCAGUACAUUAUUGGAUAACACGCCUUUAUUAUAAUUAUAAAUUUAAUACAUACGCGUGUUUUCUGUGAUUUGUUCUAGACUGCUAGAAUCGUCUGAAAUCGUAUGAAUCUGGGUGUAACAAUAUUAUUAUGUGACAGAAUGCAAUUAUUAUAAUAAACUUGAAAAAACAA